AUGAAUAUUGUCAACGAUCUUCAUGAAAAGAAUCUUUCAAGUCUCUCAUGUCCAUGUUCAAAAGUAGCUAUUCCCUAUGCGAAAGUUUUAUCAAUAAAACCAGAAUAUCAUUCAAUAUGUUCAAGUGAAUAUGUUUCUCUAUCAUAUAUCAUUGAUUUAAAAAACAAAAAUGAUAGUAUAUCAUUAGCAUUAAGUGCUCAUUAUCGUUUAUUGUCCUCAUUAUGCCAUUCAUCUCAUCGUUUUAUUGAGAAUGCUAAAGAAGUAUUUGAUGAUUAUGAACUAAUCAAUGCAGAAACAUUAACUCGUUCUUCAUUCGAUAUUCAAAUACAAUCGUUAAUUUCAGCAUUUAUUUCUCAAACUCCAGCUGAUUACAGACGUACUCUUUCAUUUAUAGUCGGUUCAUUUAGUGUUAAUCAAUUAUUACAUCUUUUCAGAACUAAUUGGCUAAUUGAUUUUACUGAUGAAACUGAACAAUAUGUAUUGAAAACCUUUCCACGAAAUUUUUCAUUAUCAAAUUGUAGUUGUGCAAUCUCAUCGAAUUGUAGCGAACCAUUGACAGGCGAUAUUGUUACUGGUUGUUUUCCAUAUGAUGGAUUUCGUUUGUCGAAAUUUGAAAAUGUUUCAUUGGAAAAAUUAAAUGAUCAAUUAUUUGUAGAAACAUGGAAAAAUACUAGUAAUUAUACAAAUUAUUUUCAAACAUGUCGCCCAUUAGAAUGUCAAUACACAUUACCAAAUAAAAAUAAUUUUAUAAUUAUGUUAACAAAUCUUUUGGGUUUGUACGGAGGUUUAACAUAUAGUCUACGUUUGAUUAUUGGUGAAUCGUUACUUGCUUAUCGAUGGUGGACAAAACACAUAAGAAAAAAACCAAAUACAAACGAAAUAAGCUGA